UGUCUUUAGCUGUGAAUGAACAUGUCAAAAUUAAAAUUCCACUGAGCAGUAGAAUAAUAACAUCACAGCAAGUACCCUGCAGAGUGUUGACAAAAGAAAUCUUCUAGCUUUGUAUGAACCUUUAUCUCUGCUUUCAAACUGUGCUUUGAUUUUUUUUAUUCACUGUAUCACAAGCAAGACAUAAACAUUAGCCACACUCUCCGUGUCUGUGGAGAGCACUGGCUGCAAUUUUUCUGAUUAAAUAAUACCGAAGAUGGGGGCUCUGAUGGGUACUUUAUCAAUCCAGACGAAAGAAAGGAAUCGUCGUAAAGGUUUCACCUAUACACAGAAUGCUACCAGGCGCAGCUUAAAAGAGCGUCUCAGGAAGCUCUUCCCCUGUUCUGUUGCCAAAAAGUCAUCUACCAAUGUUCAAAGCAAUGUUGAGGAUGAGUUGGAAAUGGCUACUGUCUGCCAUCGUCCCGAAGGGCUGGAGCAACUUGAGGCACAAACUAAGUUCACAAAAAAAGAACUUCAGAUCCUCUAUAGGGGUUUCAAAAAUGAAUGUCCCAGUGGGAUAGUCAAUGAAGAGACAUUCAAAGAGAUUUAUGCACAGUUCUUUCCCCAGGGUGAUGCAACCACGUAUGCACAUUUUCUGUUUAAUGCCUUUGACACAGAUCACAAUGGUUCAGUAAGUUUUGAGGAUUUUGUCCUGGGUCUUUCUGUUUUACUUCGUGGAUCAAUACAAGAUAAACUAAAAUGGGCUUUCAAUUUAUAUGACAUAAAUAAGGACGGAUAUGUAACAAAGGAGGAAAUGUUGGACAUCAUGAAAUCUAUUUAUGAUAUGAUGGGAAAAUACACUUACCCUGUUCUUAGAGAAGAAACACCCAGGCAGCAUGUUGAAUUUUUUUUCCAGAAAAUGGAUAAAAAUAAAGAUGGAGUAGUGACCAUUGAUGAAUUCAUUGAUACCUGCCAAAAAGAUGAGAAUAUCAUGAAAUCCAUGCAACUCUUUGAAAAUAUUAUUUAAUGAAAUCAACAAUCAAGCACUUUAAAGGACAGCAUCAAAGAUUCUAUACAAAAGGAGUGACUGUGAUCAAUGGAGGAACCACUACCACUAUAAUAGAACUCAGCAAUAUGUUGAGCAGAUGUAUUAUGCAAGUCAGCUUUGUUCAGAGUAAAGCCUUCAACUAGUAAAUAUUUUUUAGAGUUAUGAACAUAGCCAAUGUCAUAACAUUGAAUUCCUUUAAUUUGAAACAAAAAAUUGAGUUAAUUGCACAAGUAAAAUGCAUGCUUUCAUAAUCUGGCAAAGGACCAUCCUAAAAAUGAUAAUGACUAAAUAAUGGUCAUUUUACUAGUUUUGACUUCGGUGGAUGGGAAGAGUGUGUGUGUGUGUGUGUGUGUGUGUGUGUGUGUGUGUGUGUGAGUGUGUGUGUGUGUGUGUGUGUGUGUGUGCAAAUGUGCGUGUGUGUGUGUGUGUGUGUGUGUGUGUGUGUGUGUGUGUGCGCGUGUGUGCAUGUGUGUAAGCACGCGUGCAUGCACCUGGUGUGAAUGUGUGCAUGUGUAUAUGGCUUCGAAACACAGCACUUCUAAUUUGCUGCAGACUGUUUGGCAAAUUGAAAUAAGCAGCACCUGAACCAAACAUGAUACAAAAGCCCAUUUAAAUGUAAUUUUAAUGAAACUUAGGGCAGUGUCAAAAAUAAAGGACAAAUGCAAUGUAACAUACUAUCCAUUUGUACAUCACUUUCUUAACUAGAGUAAUCACGAUACCUUUUAUUGGCAAAGUCAGAGUUAUUCAACUAUUUCAGAUAUACAGAUAGAAUGCUAAGACACGUCCAAGCUAAUCUGCUCUGGUUUAGUUACAAUGUACUGUCUGAGGAGCAGCAUGGCCCCAUUACAUCUUCAAUUUAUGACAGUGUCUUUGUGUAUUAAUGUGUACAUUUUGUAACAAAACAGCCCACAAAAAAUAAAGAGAGAAAGUUUA